GUUUCGCCGGCUGCUCAGCGACUCCCCCGACGACGUCAUCCACAUCAGUCACGUGACCUACGGCACGUUCCAGAUGGUGAUGAAGACUUUGUACUGCGGAGGAACGGAGGGAGCGACUCUCUCUCAGUCUGAAGCCGCGAAGCUACUUCCUGUGGCCACAUUCUUCCAGCUCAGAGUUCUGCAGAGGAGCUGCGAGACGACGCUGUCGCAAAGUCUGACGCUGGACAACGUCGUCGACGUCUACCAGACCGCCAAGCAUCACGGAGCCGCUGAGCUCUGCAGGUUCUGUGAAGGAUUCUUCCUGCAGCACAUGGACCGGCUCCUGGACAGAGAGGACUUCCACCGCCUGCUGCUAGGGGGCGCCGGUCAGCAGCUGCUCUGCCCGGGGACGAGCGUUCAGGACGGGGACGUGUCGCUCCUGAAUGAUCUGAAGCUGCAGUCGACCGGCUGGAGUCUGACGGGAUUUUAACACCAGACUCUCUCGCUCUGUGACAAAUGUACAUGAUGUAAAUACUGUGAAUAAACUUCUUAAUAAUCCAAACUGCUGGAA